AUGUCGUCGUUCAAGACUAAAUUCGCAUCGCUGGUCCAGGACUUGCGAAACAAGAAGUCCCGAGAGUUCUCACGACAACCUCAGCCUGCUUACUCUGAGCAUUUUGCGGUACCACCGCCACCACCUCCACCAAUUCCUUCCAAAUACAAAUCGAAAGAAAGCUCGCAGGAAGGCGUAAAAACUACCGUACAAGGCGGAAAGAACAAUGAAAGACCACCGUCGAGGUCAGGGUCGAUAUUGAGAAAAAUUGGAUCCAAGGCAUCGCUAAGGGAGCUGCGCAGAAAGAGCUCGUUUGGAGGCAGGAGUACAACGUCUGUGAACAACUAUGGAAUCGACAAUGACCAACCUCCAUUGCCGACACAAGAUGCUGCGACUGCAUCGAAACCGUCUUCUGAGCUUACUCCGCCGCCAUCCGCUGGGAAGAAAUCUCCCCCAUUGCAACUUAGUUUGAUUACACAUAAUCAGCCUACACCUCCAACUGGAGCAUACGAUGAUCCUGAGGACGAUUUGUAUUCCGACCCGUUGAAGGAAAGGGAGAAAGCACAAGCGGCAGCGGCGGCAGCAAAUGAUAUAGGUUCUUCGGCACCAGCAGAGACAAGGCAGCUGGUAGCAGGUCCUGCGAGUCAACCAGAACAAAUAUACGUUCACAAUGGACCCCCACCGAGACCUCAGAUGUAUAUUCCAGGUACAAAUUCCCAAGUUCUUCCUACAAUUCCCGCCUCUCCUUCUAGCACAAUGGCGUCUCCCAUAAGCCCGACGGGCACCAAUCCAUUCAGAAAAUGGGGUUCCGCUUCACCAAACUUGGCCGAGGUCGCAGAUGGCCCAUUUAAACCAGUCUCGCCAAUUCUCGAACAGCGAGAUUUCGAAUCUCCAAGGUUGAACACUCAAAUACCGAAUAAUAAUGAUGAUGACUCGGACCUUCAAACCGCUUCUCCGAUUACAGCUACCAAGGGUCUCAUGAACGGUUUACGAUUUUCCUUCGCACCACCCCCCGUUGAAGCUACACCAAGUCAGAUCACUCCGCCAACUUCGACACACUCCUCGCCUUCCUCGCCCUCGGUUAGGUUGGCGGACAACAAUCCUUUCAAAGAUCUAACAGAUGAGCCCGUUGGUACUGGGAAGGCCCCUAUCCGAGCAAUUGCGCCACCAGCGCCUAGCGCCGAACCAGCCGACCCAUCACUGGAGCGCACGCUCUCAGGACGAACUCCACAGUUCAAGAAAGCACCAUCCGGAAAAACUGCAGUUCCAGAUAAUUUCGCUCCUCCGCCUCCUCCACCGAUGUCUUUGCCGCAGGGUUGGACGGCUAGGUGGGAUGCGGUCGAGGGGAAAUUUGCGUACUACCAAGGCACGAGGAGCAGGACUGAACAGUGGGAUAUGCCAACCGAACCGGCGAAGAAGCUUUCCAUGCGCGAUCGCCGUUUGAAAAAGAAGAAGGAAGUCAAGCAGAAUAUUACCAAUUUACCAUCUUAUGCCGAAGCGAAUAGCCCAACGAGCGAAUCGAGCGAGUCCCGCGCACCAACGAGCUUGGUAGCUCCUAAUCCAAGCUCAUGA